AUGGCGAAAUCUCCUCCUGCCUCGUACUCUCAGCUGGAGCUGCGUGAUGUCCGAGUUUCGCAUGUCCCAGAAUCCUCCCCAGCUCCAACUCCCGUCAUUCUGGUCCACUUGGAUCGGCCGCGGCAGAAAAAUGCCUUUACACUGAGCAUGCAGGAGAGCCUCAUUAAACUCUACACACUUUUUGAUGUGGAUCCUCGAGUCAAGGCCAUCGUAUUAACCGGUAGCGGAUCUGCCUUUUGCGCUGGGAUGGAUCUGAAUAUCGGCUUCGGAGCACGAGGCAAGGCGAGCGAUCAGCUAUCGUUCGGCAAGACCCAGCGCAAUCUUGAUCACAGAGACAGUGGAGGUCAGCUGGCGUUGGCGAUCCACAACUGCAGCAAGCCCACCAUCGUCGCCAUCAAUGGCGCCGCAGUCGGCAUCGGCAUCACCAUGUGUCUGCCAGCGACUAUUCGCAUCGCGUGCAACCAAGCCAAGGUCGGCUUCGUAUUUGCUCGCCGUGGGUUGACCAUGGAAGCGUGCUCGGCCUGGUUCUUGCCUCGUCUGAUCGGCCUGUCCAAAGCCAUGCAUCUCGCGGCGACAGGGUCGCUUUACUCGGCGAGUGACCCCCUUCUCCAAGGAUUAUUCUCCGAGAUUCUCCCUACGCCAGAGGCUACAUUACAGCGGGCACUAGAGAUUGCACAAGAUAUUGCCGUAAAUACUUCGGUCGUAUCCACGAAACUGAUGAGGGAUAUGAUGUGUCGCGCGCCCGAGUCGCCCGAGGAGAUGCACCUGCUGGACUCUCGAGUAAUCAACGCUCGCUAUGGCAGCCAUGACAAUCUUGAGGGUGUCCGAAGUUUCUUUGAGAAGCGUCCCCCAGCGUUCGCAGAUACCAUGCACGACCACAAGCCCGAUUUCCAUCCAUGGUGGAAGCCUGUCGACGUACGCGGUCCGAGCAAGUUAUGA